AUGGAUGGCGCAUCGCAUGGGAAUCCGAGUUUGGCAACGGCUGGAGGGGGGUUACGGGAUGGAGAUGGUCAGUGGUGUGGCGGCUUUGCUCUCAACAUUGGGAGAUGCACAGCCCCAUUAGCGGAGUUAUGGGGUGGGUACUAUGGUCUCUGUAUCGUCUGGGACAAGCAGAUCAUGCGACUCGAAGUGGAGGUUGAUUCAUCGAUGGUGGUUGGGUUCUUAACGACAGAGAUUUCUGACACACAUCUACUGUCUUUCCCGGUACAGUUGUGUCAUGGCUAUUAUCGAAGGACUAGAAAGUCCAAGUUACUCAUGUUUAUAGGGAGGCUAAUCAUUUAG